AUCAGGCCCAGCAUUUUGCUAUUUGGGCUGCAGAGUCCAUGGUCAAUAUCGUUGUGCACCUCCAUUACUCUAUUAGUGGUGCACUGAUUCAAUUCUCUUCCCCAUCCAUCUCCUUCCUAUCCACAUGGGGAACUGCUUCCACUUUUACUCUCUGUUUCUCUUCAUUAAUUGAGCUUGGCCGAUAAUUCUUGAGCCGGGGUCUCAUGGAAACAACCUCUCUACUUUCGGGUAGGGUCAAGGUCUGCGUACACACACCCUCCCCAGACCCUACUUUUGUGGGAUUCAACUGGGUUGUUGUUGUUGUUGCAUUAACAGUUGUCAAUUAGUUAUUGUAUCCCCCCCGCUCCUAAUUUUGUUCUCAAAUGUUCUUUAUUCUGAAUUUGUUUUAUUUUUCAUGUUUAAUACUUUAAUGUUGUCAUCAUAAAAUGAAAAUGAUGUUUUCAUUUCGUUAAUCUUUGAAUGAUGAAUUUAUAUCCAGAUCAGUAAUGCUUUGUUUUAUGCUUAUUAAGGACACUUUAUUAUCUAAUUUAGAAUUAUGUUUAUCUUCCCAAAAUGGAUGCUUAUCUCUUUUUAUUUCUUUACUUUUGAAAUUUUAAAUUCACUAAAUUGGAUAUCUGAACUUGUUCGAUUGUCGCAUGUAAAGGCGAUUGAUCUCAUUAUUUCAAUAAUGCUAUUUGUGGUGAUCUCUUUACUGCAUGACUGCAUCCAAUUAACAUUUGAUAUUAGCAAAGAGAGAAAUAAUGUCUUAUUUAUUGUAACACAUUUAGAGCAUUUGGUCUUUUGACAUGAGACAUUGUGCCUGUAUGGUAACAGCUUUUAGUGUAUAGCUUUAACGUUUUAAAAAUGCUAUCUAACAGCAACAUUCAACUUUAGCAUUUUUGUUUCUGCACACACACAUAUAUGAAAAUGUUUUGAAAAAUUAGUUCAAGACAAAUUCUUCCGUGGACCUAAGGUCCAUGCUUAUCUUAUGGACCUUAGUACAUUUGUAGCAUAAAAGAAGUGGGCCUUUUGCAAAAUAUAAAUUAUCCCCAUGCAAGCCCAUGAAAAAUGUGAGAAGGUCCACAUUUUAAAUGUAGGCCUUGGGACCAUGAAAGCAUCACUCUUAAUUCAAAACACUAUUUGAAAAUGUUGUAGGUUGUACCCAAAUGAGGCCAUUGAUCUCAAGAAAAGACUUGCCCAGGUAUGCCUCUCAUCCCCAGAUCUGUGUACCUUUUAUUCAUUUUUGUUUCUGCACACACACGUAUAUGCAUUUACGAAUAUGCACAUACACAUGCACACACAAACAGAUAUUGUACAACUAAACUUCCACUAGGCUCCAUCCCAUUAAUAACUUCACAAUUUCCUUGUUUAUAUGCCCAAAGAAACUUCACACUUCUUUCAUUUUCUUUUAAGGAAAGGAAUAUGUGGCUCACAAAAUUAGUGGCUCUUCUAACCAAAUUCCGACCUUUGAAAAAAAACAAAUUCACCAAUCACUUUUUAACUAUUAACUUUGUGAAGUCAAAUUGUGAAAUUCUUUAUGGGACUGAGAGUGUGUUUGCUUACAAUAUUUUGUCUAUUUUUGAUUUAUGCUAGUGAAAGAAUAUGGAAUGGUAUUGUUACUUAUGGAAUAAUGACACAAGUUACCACAUCUUCAUAUUUCUUCAACCGCGUAACCUAAACUCAACUCCUAAGGUUACAAUGUGUGACCGCCUUUGCCAACCUCUUGCUCGUUUUGAAUGCUAUAUCUCAGCCUCUCAGGGUGGCCCAAUGCAUGAAAAAUACCAAAAACUUCAUACCAAAAUGAAAAACUAGGCCAAAUGUGCUAACUUGUGAAAAAUUCUUCUCUUGUUAAGUUCAAGAUAUGAUUGGCACAAGAUGAAAGUUAUGACCUACAUAUAUUGCGUCCACUGCUAAUGGUUCUAAAAGAGUCAUUAUUGACAAUGGCUUAGCUUUUGGUACAUAGCGGGCUAAAUCAAGAUGAUACAUUGAACUUCCUUUUCUUCAUACCCCGUGAGAAGUUUUGGCUUUUAAAUGCAUCAAGAGUCUAACAAAACUUCCCUCUUUGAUUUUUAUAGGACUGACCUUGUUGAUUUUGUUUAUGUAUUUUUCUGAUAGGUAGAAUGUACUAGAGUUGCAGUUUAACUUGUUGGUAUCAUGUAUAUACACCAUUUUUGAAAAUAUAUUAGUAAAAAUGGAGACAGGUUUGACUUUUUGUAGUAGCACUUUGAUAACUUCUUUGCUCUUUUCGGGUGUAUUUGGUUCAGGGUGAUGGAGGGAAAAUCAUUUCCACACCUCAUUUGGUUCAAAACAUUAUUUGGGUGAAAGAACAAAAGUUUUCCCACUCCUCCCCUCCUUCCAAACACUCCCUUGGGAAAUUCCAUUCUAAUUUUACAUUUUUCUGUAAUUAUUUAAAUAAAUGAAUUUUAUUUUCUUACUUUGGAGAGCCAGGGUUUUCUAAGGUCCAUAUUUUAAAUUUAUCACCAAUACAAAAAUUGUUCCCCAAUGUAUUCUAGAAAAGUUUUCUACAAAUAAUAUUAACAUUUGCAUGCAAAAUUUCCAAAACUAUAUGCUUUCAUUGCCAAUCGCUUACUAUUUUCUAUGAAACAUUGUGUAGAAAAUGCAGCAAUUGUUUUUAUAGGGGUAAGAUUGUGUGCAUAUUGACACCCUAACCCCAAUGGUGUUUUUUAUUAAACUGGGUUUGUUAGUUUCUAAAACUUUAAUAACCUGGGUUAAAGUGAGGUGACUACUGCAUAGAGUUGCGUGACCGUGUUGAGCUGCCUUCCUGACUGUAACGGUAACCUUAAAUCUUGAGCUACGUGGCAGUCUUUAGAUCCCUAUAUAUUCAGCUAGCGAUGCGAAGCAAAUACACAGGUUUCCUUAAGUCUUGAGCUACGUGGCAGUCCUCAGCUCCUUAUAUAUUCAGCUACCUAGGUGAAGCAGAUACACAGAUCAGUACAUAAAGCAUCUCCAGAGGUUUUGUUUUCCAACAACAAUGUUAGCCAUGGAAAUGGAAGCUUCCUAUCCUGAAGUUCCGAUUGAGAUGACCAAACUUUUCCAUGCAAUUGACCGACAACUUUAUUCAAUCCUGGUUUUCAAUCUCCAGUGCGAUCCAAGGGUAUCCAUGCUGACAAUUGCCUUUUGGAUUUGGCUGGAACACAUCACUCUCAAGGAUGCUGUGACAAAAAUAUUGUCACUGUCCUUCGAAAUGAUCAAUGGACUCUUUGGGGAAGCUGUGAUCUGCCUUGGAUGCAUUGCUAACACCAUGCAUCAUUUCCCUCAUGCACCAAGUCACUUUUUUCUCACUCAACAUCUUUUGGGGCAGCACUCUUGUCUCAAGUACUUGUAUGAAAACCAGGCCGCGGCAUCUAAUAGGAUUAAAAAGAUUGUAUCAGGAGUUUGUCUGAAGGUAUUGAACGAUCUCAAGGCAAUGGCCAUCAGCAAUAACACCCAGCAACACUUGGCUCAAAGUGAAGUGGCACUGAUUGACUACUUCCUUGGUGAGUGCUCGUCGUCGUCUCAAUCUGGUGGGGUGGUGCCUCGUCGAAUGCCAACCAUCAAGGCACCACCAAAAGGAAGGAGGACAAUGUUUGCUACCUUCUCAAAGGGAUUCCCAGUUUAUGAAGGGGAGAUGCGUCGGUUCUUCAGCAGGAUGUUUGGUGACUGCAUUGAUUCCAUCACCAUGCAGGAAGUGAAUCCUGGUGAGCUGCCACUCUACGCCCUCAUUGUCUUCACCACUCCAGGUAUAAUCGACUUCAUCCUCAAUGGCACCGAGAAAGCGAAAUUCUCCAUUAAUGGAAGACAGGUUUGGUUGCGCAAGUCUGUCCCAAAAUUUUAACAAACCCGUCUCUCUGUACAGCAUCCACCGUGGCUGCGUUUUUUUCAACUGUUUUAUCUUGUUUUACUUUUUACCGUGUGAUGCCCGAUCAUCGUGGCACUUUCUCGUUUCGGUUUCUAGCUUGUGAUUAAGCCCCGUGUAUGGUUGUCGUUUCCAGAUGUAGUAAUGGCAUGUAAACUUGUUUGAUCGAAUAAAUAUAUCCAAAGUGU